CGGCGCCCAGGCCCCCCGCCGCGGCGUCCCCGCGGCCCCCGCCCAGGGAGAAGAUGAGCGUGGGCUGCCCAGAGCCUGAGCCACCCCGCGCUCUGCCCUGCUGUGGGCCAGGGACGGCCCUUGGGCUGGGGGCAGGCGUGCCCCUCCUCACUGAAGACAUGCAGGCCCUGACCCUCCGCACCCUGGCUGCUAGCGAUGUCACCAAGCACUACGAACUGGUGCGGGAGCUGGGUAAAGGCACCUACGGGAAGGUUGACCUGGUGGCCCACAAGGGCACAGGCAUGAAAAUGGCGCUGAAAUUUGUGAACAAGAGCAAAACCAAGCUGAAGAACUUCCUGCGGGAGGUGAGCAUCACCAACAGCCUCUCCUCCAGCCCCUUCAUUAUCAAGGUCUUUGACGUGGUGUUUGAGACCGAGGACUGCUACGUCUUUGCCCAGGAGUAUGCGCCUGCUGGGGACCUGUUCGACAUCAUUCCUCCGCAGGUACUUGGGGCGGUGGCUGAGGGAGGGGAGCCGGUCUCCAGGGCCCCAGAGUGUGAGUUGGGAGGAGUCAGGCCACUCAUUUACUCCAUGAGUAUUUACUGAGCCACUGCUGGGAGGGCAGGGGAUCCACAGUGAACAAGACCAAGGUCCUGUCCUGGUCCUCGGCGGGGACAGACACUUGGCAAUAAGCCAGAUGACAGACUGAGAUGAGCACUGGAAGGAGCAGCUAGAGUGAUGGAUGAAGGCCAAUGGCAGCGGCCUCUGCAGCUGCAAAGGACCAGGUGGAGGCACCGAGGGGAGGCCGCAGAGGCUCCCCAGAGAAGCUGCCGAGUGGGGAAGCAGGAGGGUUCCUGGCACCCGGCUUUGCUGCUGGCAGUGCCAGGUUUGAAUCUGC